AUGGGCGGUGGCGGGGGCGUCGGAGGCGGCGGUCAACAUGCACCUUUACAAUCUCAAUCUCAAAGAAACUUUAGAAAAGGAUCCGGAGUGCAAGUGGCGGCGGCGACGGGGCAGCCGCUGCUGGCGCCGGCGCCCAUGCAGCCCUUCGUGCCCUACCCGCACCCGCACCCCGGACACCCGCACCCCGCGCAGCCCGCCAUACAGUACCAGCAUAUGGUGCGAAUGUACCACCACAGCGGUGGCGGUGGUGUCGGCGGUGUGGGCGUGGGGGGCGUGGGCGUGGGCGGUGUGGGCGUGGGCGAGUACGCGCCGCCCGCGCAGUCGCCCGUGGCGCCCUCGCAGCUGUACCCGCCGCCCUCGCCCGCGCACACGCCCCACCCUCACCCUCACCAACACCCACACCCUCAUCACCACUAUCAGCAGCCACCUUUCCAGGUGCUGUGUCCCCUGAUGGGCCCGACGGGCUCGCACCACCACCACCACCACCCGCACGUGGCGUACCUCAACCACGCGCCGCCCACCGCCAGCCCGCCCCAUCAUCCCCACCAAGUGCAGCAAGUGCUGCUGCCGCCCUCUCACCAGUCGUCGGGCGGGUCGAGCACGCCGGGCGUGCACGCGCACCCC